GCAAGCAAAAAGAAAGUCUACAUGCUGUACAACCUCGAGCCGGAUCGGUCCAUAACCGGGGGCGCCUGGUACCAGGACCAGGACUUCGAGGCCGAGUUUGUCGACGUGCUGAAUCAGCAGUGCUUGCGGUUUCUGCGGCAAAAGCGCGAGGUGGCGAAGGGCAGCGGCGAGGGACCGCUGGCCGUGCAGAAGCUGUCCGAAUGUUCCGUGGCCGACGUGCACCGGUUCAUCUCCGAUCUGGGCAUUAGCAAGAUCAGCCUCGACGAGGACGAUCUGGAAACGAUACUCAAAACGGUGGUGUACGACGGCAAGGCCGAACGGGUUGCCCAGAUCAGUGGGGGUUUCCUGUACCGGGCGAUCGAGACGCCGAUCGCGGCGCCCGGGUUGGUGCAGAUGCCUUGCGGCAUCUGUCCGGUGGUUAAGAACUGUGCCGACUGUGGUGAAAUCACGCCCAAGCUAUGCACUUACAUUAGCGAGUGGUUAGAUUGAGCGCACGGGUGAUAGUGGAGCGAGAGUGAGGGGCGCACCACCCUAAAAAGUGGCCCCAUUUACGUAUAGGUUUCGUUAAGAUAUGAUUCAACAGCAAAAUAGACAAACUAAUCAUGUGAAAAGAAGCAAACAAAAUCGCCAACAGAAUGACUUCUUGCCAGCCAGCAGCAAGCCUUAGUUUUGCCAAUACGCUUUGCCGUUUAUGUUUCUUGCCUCUCGGAGAACUUAAGAUAGAUAUGGUUGCUUUGACUGGUCGACGGGUGGCACUCUCACACAACCAGCUCGCUUAUCGCGUUUUGUAUCGUAGUGCGCCGUUUAAAAAGGCGGCAGGAAAAGUGUGGUCUUUUGCAGUGGAAUUUCAUUCCAUUGUCGCAUGCUGACCGACCGCUGCCCGCUUUGAUAAGCAAGCGCCGUUGCGUUAGUCCGUUUCAACUCGUCCUCGGGUGCGCAACUGUCGCUGUUCAUUGGGACUGUGUGUGCAUAUUGCAGCCGAAUUCUACCACCAAUGGUGUUAUCAAGAAGCUUGAAGGGAGCAACCCUGCUUGGGGGGUUGUUGUGGAUCGUUUUCUUUGCCAAUUUGGUCGCUGGCCAAUUAACCCUUUACGGCUCGAGAGCGCCCUCCAUGCGUCGACCGCUCACUAGACAGUUGGUGGGGCAAUGCCCUGCGCCGUACUUCCCGAACGGGGAGGCGAAAAUUCGAAACCGUGGCCGAAUGAUGCGUUUCGACUGUGCGUACGGGUUUAAGCUGGUCGGCAAUCGGUACUCCAACUGCCAGAACGGUCGCUGGGACACAUCGAUACCGGUUUGUGUGAAGUCCGGAUGCAGCCUGCUCGCCCCGAUAGAGUCCGGCCACGUGCUGUACGAGAUGAACAAAGCGUCCGCCUUUCUGUCCUGCUUUGAGGGGACCGAGCUGGCCGGCUCGAGAAACGCCUACUGCAACGGGACGCACUGGGAUCGACCGCUCGGUGUCUGCCGGCGGACGGGACAGGCGACACCGACGGCUUGUGACUUCGAGACCGAGUCGCUGUGCGGCUGGUCCAACGAUGCGCUGCACGAUUUCGACUGGAAGCGCAGCGACGGUACGCUGAACCCGCGCGCACUCCGAACCGGGCCCAAGUACGACCACACCACGAUGCAGCCGAAGGCGGGCCACUUCAUGAUAGUGGAUUCCGGCGAGCAGCUAACGAACGAUACGGCCCGCUUCAUAUCGCCGCUGUUCGAGCCGGAGCUAAGCGUCGGUGCGUGCUUCCAGUUUUACUACCACAUGUACGGGGAGUCGGUCGGUACGCUGAAGGUGUUCGUGAAGCCGAUGAGCGCCGACCUGUACGAUCUGCAGCCGGUGUUUGUGCAGCGGGGCAAUCAGAAGAACGUUUGGCACGAGGGUCACGUUGAGGUGGGCCAGCAAGCGGAGCGCUUUCAGGUGGUGAUCGAGGCGAGCCUGGGCAUGCGCUACAAGAGCGACAUUGCGAUCGACGAUGUGAGCUUGCUGCAGGGCGACAGUUGCCGGGUGGCGGUCGAGGAUGGCGAGGAGCCACCACCGGCCGAGGUGGAGAACGUGCCGGUGAAGAUAGAGUCGUGCGAAAACCGGUGCGGAAGCAGUAUGGCCGCCGUGCUGAACGCGAACGAUACGAUUGUGCACUGCGACUGCCACGAGGACUGUGUGACGAGUGAGACCUGCUGUCCGGAUUACCGGGAACGGUGCGUUUUUCAGGUGGCGGUUGGAGGGAGUAACGUAAGUACGACCACACCCGUUCCUGUACCGUCAACGUCUACCACGGUUAGGACAACUACGGCAAAAGCUGCCGCCACUACAUCUACGCGGCCGGUGACAACGACUUCCACAACGGUCAGUAGCACUACUACCACCACCACCACCACAACCACUGCAAAGCCAACAACGUCAAGCGCUACUACGACCAGGAGUACCACUACAAAGCCAACCACGACGUCCACUGUCUCCACGACAACCACGAAGAAGUACAAUCUACGCCCAAGGCCUAGUCUCGUUCCGCUUACCAAUCGACCACAGCUGCCACCAACAACCACGCCAGCAGCAACGACUCGCAAAACAACUACGCCAACGACCACAGCCACCUCCACAACGGUGACAACGACCAUCCCCACCACCACUCAAUCCGACCUGGUGGCGGUUGAACAGUCCGUGCCAUCAACAACCGAGGAGGUGAUAAUGCCCGGCCUGGCCAUGGCCCCACUGCAGCCGGUAGAAAAGCUCCACUCCGCUCCGAGUCUGAUGAAGUUCUUCGUGUACGCCAUAUCGACCGUAGUGCUGUUUGCGUGCAUUUUAACCGCUGCGUACCUUUACGCACGACGGUCGCGUUCCAGCGUGCUGGCAAGGUUGAAGGAAAAAUCGCAAAAGAGUGGCUUCGAGGACAUCCGGUUUCUGGCUGGCGAUGAAGACUUAGACUUUAACAUUUCGCAUGGGCGCGAUGUGGAGGAAGGAGAGGAGGUGCUGGAAAAGAAAGGCAACGGGGAGGCAAAAGCAAAACAGGAAACCAAACCAAGCAAGAAGGACGCAAAAGCGGACAUCGUAAGGAUGGCAAAGCAGGAAGAUAAGAAGAACCUUGCCACACAUGGGCGCGGGGAAGAGGACAGUAACACCGAUAGCGACGCGUCGACGGAUGACGAUGGGGCGGGCGGUGGUGGUGCGAAAAGGACACAUGGGAAGCCGAACAAAAAAGCGUACCAGAAGUAUGUAAAACACCACGACGAGGAUAUGGCAUCGAGUUUACUGUGAGUGUGUUGAUAAGAGCGGUGGUGGACAGCGUCACCAUCCGGCGGGCACGUACCGCGGGGAAUUCCGAUAAGCAAAUGAUGCCGUUCUCUUGGUUUGCUCCUCCUUCUCUUCCCGCUCGCUGCCGAGCAUAACAGGAAAUUAUGAUGCGCAAAUGUUGCGAUAAAGAUGCGAUUGUAGGAAAGUGAUGAACCCUGCGGGGUGCGGGACACAAAAACGAAAGCGAAAUGUUUUUAGGCAGAUUUUUUUUGUAUUUCUCUUUAGGGUGAGUUGGUGUGAGUUAGUAUGAGUAUUUAUUGGAUGUAAACUGAUACUGCAUGGCGAUGAGCGAAAGUACACUUUUUAUUUUGAAAAUAAACGACUUUACAUUCAAACCAAA